UCUAAUCGCAAAAAAUGGAGUUUUUAGAUGAAGAUGCAAGGCCAAAACUCCACUUACAAUCAAGAACAAUCUCUUCUUCAGGAUCCGAAAAUCAAUCUAUAAACUUUCGAAGACCCAUUGUUCUAAUCUCAUUCACAAUCUCUUCUCUCCUCUUCGCAAUCACGUUUUUCCUAAUCAAAUCCGAACCCUACACAUCAAUCGCGAUCUGGGUUGCUCUCUCCAUCCUAAUCGGCCCUCUAGCUCCAUCCUCCGUCACCUGUGGAGACAUUCGUGUCGGCGUCGGAAAAAUCCUAGACCCAAUUCAUCUGAGCGAUGAAUCCGAUCGCGAAGAUUCGAAGAAGAGAUUUCCAAAUCGUAGAUCUAGGGUUCGUAAGGUAGAUGAUUUAGUAAUCGAUUCAGUUCCACCUGUAACGAAUCGUUUGGAAAAAGUAAUUGAGAAGAAGAGCGAUAAUACUAAAUCAACUAUGAAUGGAGGGGAGAGCGAAUGGACUCAAAGCGAUUUUGAAAUUCUGAAGAAGCAAUUGGCGAAGAAUCCGGUGGGUAUGCCUAGACGAUGGGAGAUAAUAUCUAGUGCGUUUUUAGGAAGGCAUUCGGUUGAAUCUGUUGUGAAAAUUGCGAAAUCUAUGGGGGAAAAGAAGAUUAAUGAUGGGGAUUCGUUUGCGAAGUUUCUUAAGGAUAGGAAGCCUGAUGAUAAGAGGGUUGAUGAAGCUGCUGAAGAUUUGGAGGUGGAGGUGGAGAAUGGUGAUGUGAAUUGGAGUGGUGGAGAUGAUUUAGCUUUGCUUAAUGCUAUGAAAGCUUUUCCGAAGGAGGUUUCGAUGAGAUGGGAGAAGAUUGCUGCUGCUGUUCCGGGGAAGACGAAAGGUGAUUGUAUGAAGAGAAUUACUGAAUUGAAGAAGGGUUUUAGAAGUUCGAAGAAUUCGAAUGAAUGAAUGAAUGAAUGAAGAUUGGUUGAUUGUCUUCAUUAGAGGUAUAACUUAUUUUCAGAUAUUUUUGUUAGAAUACUUAUGAAGGAUCAUUUGAAUAACACUGCAAUUUGUUGAGUCUUUGUUUAUUGGAUUGAAUUUAUGGAUCUUACCCAUAUAAGUUAAUGGAAACUUCUCUGAAACUUGA